UUGGCUCAGCCAUGCGGUGCGCGUCAGCUUGAGAUAUAUUAAGGGCCUGCGAUCCUGCGCUAACAAAAAACCGUCAACAACAAACAAACGGCGAAGUCAUUUUUUUUCCUUUCAAAUAUAUAUUCGUACUUGACGUCUUUGCACUCAGUUUCUUCUCUAUCAUCGCCUCACUUCGCUGUUCGAGCUACUCUCUCCGUCACAUAGCCGCAUUUAUCUUAAACCAACACUUUCAGGCAACUGCUCGGGUAUCAACGAGGAAAAAUGGGCAAGGGUGGUCGAUUUGCGUGCAUUUUUCUGCCGUACAUUCUAUCAAUUGGCACACUUGUAUGCCUUGCUCUAGUCGGCCUAGGAUGUUACAACACCACCACUCUCACCGAUGUUUACUUUGCAAAGGUAAGCUUGUUGUAUCCUUGUUGCUGCUUUGUCUGUUUUCCUUCGGGCAGCUCUGACUCAUUCCGUACAGGUUAACAUGAAAGACAUCAAUACAUCCCCGUCCGGGCUAAAUAGUCAACUACAACCGCUCGCACAUGGCCUCGAACAGGCCAAAGCCAAGGGCGAUAUCCACGACUUCUAUAUCGUUGGCAUAUGGAACUACUGCUACGGAGACAGCAAGGACGGAAGUGACAAGGUCACCUUUUGCUCCCCUCGCCGAUCGAGAUUCUGGUUUAACCCUGCCGAAGUCUGGGGUGUCGAUGAUACUAUCGAACAGCUCUACCCAUCAUCCCUGCAAAAGGGCCUGAAUACCUAUCAGAAGGUUGCUGGAUGGAUAUAUGUUGCUUACGCUGUUGCCAUCUCUGCCUCUGCCAUUCAGCUUCUAGUUGGAAUCUCUGCUAUCUUCAGCAGAUGGGGUAGCUUUUUCACUACUCUCGUUGCAGGCGUUGCCACUGUAUUUACCAUCGGUGGUGCAGCCACUGCCUCCGUCCUCUACGGUACCCUUGUCGGAGCCAUUAAAGCAGGUCUCAAGCCGUUUGAUAUCAAGGCCGACGUUGGAACUCGCAUGCUCGCCAUCUACUGGCUUGGCGGCCUCUUAACCCUUGCCGGAGGGUUCUUCUGGCUCCUUAGUGUCUGCUGCUGCUCUGGCCGCUCUCCAUACGGCCACCGUGAUGAUCGACGUGGUAUUACUGCCGAAAAGACUCCUUACACCUACGAGCGUGUUGCUAGCCCAUACGGUGUUCACCCAGGAUCUGCCGUCCCAAUGCAUAACAUGCCUCCUCACCAUACCCAGGACACUGCCUACGAACCCUUCAGACACGAUCACCGCGUAUAGGUUCUUUUCAUCUUUUCAUAUACCCAAGUUUUCGUUUUCCUUUCUUUAAUACGGCUCAAGAGAAAGGCAGAGAAAGUAAUGACCCAUUCAUGACCACUGGUGAACUUUGGCAUCGCUAUCUGAGUUUGAUAGAGUCUCUACAUCUGUGUUCCUCCUUUUUUUCAAAGUAUCUGGUACUCAUUUCCAUGGUGCGGGGAUGGCGUUGGCCUGGCCUGGCCUUGACCUUUUUAUUUCCUUGUUUCUUCUUGUAUCUACAAUACCGACAUAUGGAGUACAUAUUCUAUGACACUCUCUUUGUACAGAAAUUACAGCCAUUUCAAUGAUAUGAUAACGAUUUUAUUAUAGACCCGAUGAUAGUAAAGCUGGACCAAUAGAGCUGUGAGACUAUGUUCUACCUAAGACAGCCCCAUCUAUACACACCCUAUACUGACCACGUGUCUUAAAUACGAAGAUCUGACUCAGUUCGAUGCUAACUCGGAACUCGUAGAAUAAGAUGCCUUACCCAAGUAAGAUUGGUUUCUGUAAUAAAACUCAAGUUUGGCUACAGGCCCCAGGAUUCCAGUGGUUGAUAUACAGAGCCUGGUGAAUUAGACUCUAUCUGAAGACUUGUUUUAGUAGUAAUAUAAAUGUGCAUGAAUUACAGUGAAGGGACCAAUAAAGCUCGUGUGUGCUUGAUUAAUAUAGCCAUGAAAUGUUUAAUGGUACUAUACAGGGUAAGCUGGUGAUUACCCGGGGGGAAGUAGAAAGCGUGGAGGCGAAAUCGAAGAGUAGAAAAUCGUGCCUGCGUGGAGCAGGUAUUUCCAGGCAGCAAUCAAACAUCCCACUCAGUGUUUCCCCGGAUAUGUGAUGUGCCGGGCGUUCUUGUGAUCGUCAUGAAGGGUGAGGCUCCCCCAUCGUUGAGGCUAUUAAUUCAUAACAUCUCCUCUAGGCCAAAAAGAGCAUGACAGAGACGAGAGGCAGCGUUCAUAUUCCACACAAGAAAGAUUGAGAAAUAUUAUAGUGAAACAGUAGACCAAAGGAAAGCAAUCAAGCCCGCACGCUAAAGAGGAAGGAGGGAAAGAGGCAAUGUGACGGAGGAGAGACUGGGUGGACGGUGGAAAAGAGAUGUUCUCGGCUGUUCACCUCUUGCGCUCGAAAUAUCCGCUCGAUCCCAGCACCGCGAUGCUCUGGUCCAUCACCCAUUCACCAACACCGAGAUAGCCGUCGAGCCAUCGUUUAACUUCUUUGCUCUCUGUGAUUUUGUCAGAGUUCAGGCUGGGGCUAACGUCAUAUUUGGCCGUUCGUCCACGGCCCAUGCGAUGCUCGUCCGACUCAAUUCACCACACCGCGUUUUCUCCCUUCAUGAAUCAAUCCA